UUAUUUCACACUAUCGUUGCAAAAAUGUUACAAUGGUUUUAAUUUCAAAUAUUUUUAUUUUUAUUUCGUUGCCAUGGCUAUCUUAAAUUCGUCUGCUCUCGCCGUCUUUGAAAACCAAAUGCGGUGUACGUGAUGACAUUAAAAGGAAUUAAUAUUAUUCUUUAAAAUGUCUGCGUUGGUUACCCGAAGCUUGAGUUCUUCUUAUAUUCUUCGUGCACAUCCUGUGCUUACAUCUAUAGUUGUAAAAUUUCCGGUGAUACAAAGACUUUCAUGGGAUCUUUACCGGCCUGAAAGUUGCCGGUGCUACUCACGGAAGCCCUAUUCUUUCGUAAAAUCUCUACACAUCUCAACAGUUUACAAUACACAGGUUAACCAACCUAAACAAGAAAAAGAUAAAAGUGAUGAGUUGCAGCGAAAAAUACAGGAACAAGGAAGUUCUGGUUGCCCUCCACCAAUAAAAGUUUCCCUCUUCCAAAAAUUCAAACAAAUGUAUAAGGACUACUGGUAUGUCCUAAUCCCUGUGCAUGUUGCUACCUCUGCAGUCUGGGCUGGUGGAUUUUACUUUGCAGUUAAGAAUGGACUAGAUGUGGUGCAGCUAUUGGAAAGUUUAGGAAUCAGCGAAAAAAUAAUAAGCCCACUUAGAACUUCAAGUGUGGGCUAUUAUGCUCUUACCUAUGCACUGUACAAAGUUGCUAGUCCUGCCCGAUAUGCUGUUACUAUUGGAGGUACUACACUUUCUAUUAACUACCUUACACGGUGGGGGUAUAUUAAACCAGCAUCCACUGAAAAAAUGCAGGUCUUUUACGAGACUCGUAAGGCUGAAUUUCAUAAGCAACGUGAUGAUAUUCGACGAAAAUUCAGACAACAUAGGACAGAUUUCAAGAAAAGAAUGAAUUUUGGCAAAAAAAGACUAAAAAAAUGAAGUGCCAAAUACUAUUUACUUCGACGCGCCGAAUGGCAGUUUGUGGUUACGACGGAAUGAGACUUCAUAGUCAGAAAAUCAUUUACACAAGAAAAUUGUAUUUAAAAAAAACUUUUUUUUUUUGGUGGGGCACUGAAAAUGUAUUCUGACAACGCUU